CGUCAUACGUCUGCUCCUGCGGUCUGCUGUUUCUGGUGGAGGUUUGUUUUCAACAUUUAAGAACCAGAUUGCAGUUGCAGCUUGUUUAAAGGAGAAAUAUGUAACAUUGAUAUCAAGCGUUUAAAAUGGGUACUGCAGUCCAAAUUCAAAAUAUUGGAGAGAGUUGUCUCCCUCGCCCCCUCCUCCCCAGACUCCAAGCUCACACGGGUUGCCAGGUUGAGGACACACAACAGGAACGAGCAAACUGACCAUUGCAAGCGACAAGCCUCACGCUGAGAAACAAGUGCACACAGAACAUUACAGUGAGACAGAAUAUAAAACAAGGUCUGUCGCUACCACACAGUGAUUGUGAAUCCACUUCCAAAGCAACUCAAUAAACACUCUGAAUAUUCCUGUCAUCUUUGAAUUGAAGAAGAGUUUCCAGAAGAGCAGGACAAACUUCAAGUGUGUCAACAAUUUCUGACACUACUGCAAAGAUGGAUUCUAUUAAAGAGGAGAAAGAGGACAUGGGUUAUCCAGAACCACACAGAGUGAAAAAUGAAGAAACUGAGGAACAAAUAGACCUGAUGGAAGUGAAAGUUGAAAGUCAAGAACUGGAUGAAGUGGAAGAAAAUCAUCUGUAUCAGACAUCAAGUUCUCAAAAAACAAGAGUCAAAAAAUCUUUAACCUGCCCUCAGUGUGGAAAGAGUUUUGUACGAAAAGGAAACCUUGAGACUCACAUGAGAAUUCACAGCGGAGACAAGCCUUUCACCUGCCUUCAGUGUGGAAAGAGUUUCACACAGGCAGACAACCUUAAGAGGCACAUAAUAAUUCACUCUGGAGAGAAGCCUUUCCAGUGCUCUCAGUGUGGAAAGAGUUUCACAGAAAAAAACACCCUGAAUGGUCACCUGAGGAUUCACAGUGGAGAGAGGCCUUUUAAAUGCCUUCAGUGUGGAAAAAGUUUUGUAAGUGAAAAAUACUUUAAGAAGCACAAAAUAGUUCAUUCUGUAGAAAGGCCUUUUAUUUGCCCUCAGUGUGAAAAGAGUUUCAAAUGUAAAGCGGACCUCAAGAAGCACAUAGCAACUCAUUCUGGAGAAAAGCCUUUUACAUGCCUUCAGUGUGGAAAAAGUUUCACAGAAAAAAGAACCCUUGUGAAUCACAUGAGAAUUCACACAGGUGAAAAACCUUUCACAUGCCUUCAGUGUGGAAAUAGUUUCACCUAUAAAGGUGACCUUAACAUUCACAUGAAAAUUCACACUGGUGAGAAGCCUCACAUAUGUCUUCAGUGUGGAAAGUGUUUCACACGGAAAGCUCAUCUUAAGAGUCACGCAAGGAUUCACACUGAAGAGAAGCCUUUCACGUGCAUCCAGUGUGAAAUGAGUUUCAAACACAAAGAAGCCCUUAAAGUGCAUAUAAGAAUUCAUACUGGAGAGAGGCCUUUUAUAUGCCCUGAGUGUGGAAAGAGCUUCUCAUGUUCGAAAAAUCUACAAUAUCAUCUACACUCUCAGCACACUGGAGUAAAGUCAUUGAACUGUGAUCAGUGUGGUAAAAAAUUUAUUUUGACAUCACACCUAAAGAAACACAUGAAAAUUCAUACAAAUGAGAAGCCUUACAUGUGCUCUAUUUGUGGAAAGAGUUAUGCAUGGCAGCACAAUUUUAAAGAUCACCAGAGAAUGCAUACUGGUGUGACAGAUCAUAUGUGUUCUGAGUGUGGGAAAACCUUUAUUAGAGCUGACGACUUGAAGCUGCACCAAAGAAUUCAUACUGGAGAAAAACCUUACAAGUGUUCAUAUUGUGAAAAGAGUUUCAGUCGGCCAGGAGUCCUGAAAGUACAUGAAAGAGUGCACACUGGAGAGAGGCCAUAUCACUGCCAUCCAUGUGGAAAGAGCUUUAGCCAAUCAGGUCAUCUACUGGUUCACUUAAAAAGGAGACAUGGAAAGUUGUCACAAGGAAUGAAGUGGCAGAAGAGGUUGGAUGUGUUGGAUAAAUAUAAAAAAGACUAAACUGUGUAUUGCACAUAGUUAUUGCUCAACGGGGCAAUUUAACUGUUCAUGAGAUGGAUAGCCUGAGGGGAAAAAAACUGUUCCUGUGCCUGACAGUUCUGGUGCUCAGAGCUCUGAAGUGCCGGCCAGAAGGCAACAGUUCAAAAAGAUCAUUCGCUGUCAUUGCUCCUGAACUCUGGAAUUCACUCCCUGGGAACCUCUGUUACUCUACCUCUAUCUCUGCCUUCAAAUCACGUCUUAAAACACACGUUCCCAUUGCACUUCUGCUCCUCCCUGAAAAUUGGUGAUCUCUGAUUGUUUUCUGCUCAUUAUUGUUUGUAUUAUUCCUGUUGGUCAGUUUUUUCUCUUUAAACUGUACUAAAUCUGACAAUGUAAAGUGUCCUUGAGCUCUGGAAAGGUGCUAUAUAAAUUAAACAUUAUUAUUAUUAUUAUUAUUAAAAAGACAAAGCACAAUAAAAAUCAGCACACCGUUUCUAAUCUCAGACAUGAUGUAUUUUAGUGGUGUACCUGUAUUAACCGAGCUUUAGAUGUGCAUGCUUCUUAUCUGUGUCACUGUAUGUUGAGACCAGGCACACUGAAGAAGUUGUAUCAAGUCUUAUGCAUGUAUAUGCAUGCACUUUUAACAAUUUUCUGGGCAGUUUUUUCCUUUUAAAGACAUGCAUGACCCAGACAGUUUAAAACUCUUGUAGCAAUCUCUUGUAAAUGUCUUUAGCGUAGUGGUUGAUUGACAGGUAAAUAGGCGGUGCUUCACUCUCCGGGACGCAUCAGGAAAGAUUAGCAGUUACACCUCAAAUGCAGUGUGCUCACAAUCAUUUUUGACUACCUCUGUAUGUGUUUUUUGUGAUCCGAACACAAAAAGAUUUGGACCCCACUUACACCUGUAUUUAGCGCUGACCACUUGUGAUCAGAUCAACAAAAUGCAUCUUAAUAUCAGGUGUAAAUGGGGUAUAAGAAUAAAUUGCACCCACUAAAAGUGCUGUUUAUUAAAGCCCAAAGUAUACUUAGAUUUUGACGUGAACGCUUAGCGUCUGCAUACAGUCAAACACGAGCCUGUCUUAAUAUACUCUUAAUAUAUAUGCUACGACUGCUUUAAGACACCAGACUAUUUCUCUUCAGGAAUUUAGACCCAUAAAGAUGUCUUUAUAUUCCUUCAGACUGGAGUUAUACAAAUGCAGCGAUCUCCUGACCUCCUCACACAAGCGCUCUUGGUGUGCAAAUCCACUGUUGAUGUUUUUACCGUCAUCUACUGUUGUUUAUCGGCAAUGACAUCUUCUAGUGCUUCUUUGUGACAACAACGACUCAAAUCAGAGUGUUGCUACCUUCUGGACCCAUUAAUUCAACACGUUCUCACUCCCAAGGCAUCAAAAACUGCCACUUGUGCAAGAGCCCAGCACGUCAAUCUACAGACGCCAAAUGUGCCAUCUGGCAUCAGUUUUGCAACGCAUCCGGCAAGUGUGUUGUUUUCAACAUGAUGUUAAAUGUGUAUUUAAAUUUAUAGGUCUUAUUAAUUAUUAAUGUUCUUUUCAUUAGGCUACUAUGAAAAUUACUUUAAUAAACUAAUACCUACAUAAUACACAAUAAACUGUAAAGCAAUGUAUAGCUUAUAUGAGUGUAGUAAUGUUCACGUUAACACAUUAUCUAGUAUUACCAUAUAUAGCCUACAUAAUAAUUAAUGGUUAUUUUUUUUAUUCAUAUACUAUAAUGUGCUUUUCUGUGUAUGGUGAAAUUGUUUUCCUGCUAAGAAAUAUACAUUUAAAUUAUUUGAUAUCACGAGAAAAAGGCACCACAAACAGCAGUAAAAGGCACAAAAAACAGAAGACAUUUUAUAUAGUGCCCGAUAUUAUCGGCCGAUGUUAGCCUUUCACUGAUAUAUCGGUAUCGGCGUAUAUUUUACCGAUAUGCGCUGAUAUGAAAACUUUUUUCAGAACAUAUAAUGCAGAAAACAAUGCUUUAGAAUUGGUGUUAUACAUAUAAUGCAGAAAACAAUGCUUUAGAAUUGGUGUCAUAGCAUAGUUUGUCCAGCAGAGCAUGCUCUGACUCCAUUGUUUACAGAGCUGAGCUGACGGUGGCACUGCAUACUGGGCGGAGUUGAACUGUGUCAUGAUAAGUUAGCUAGUUUGUGAAAUAUAUACUGGAAACUUAAUAAACAAUGACCCCAUCAUUUUCCCUUUUCAAUAUAACUACUAUAACAUUAAACUUGUCCCUGACAACCAUGUCACUCAUGUCUGUUUGCUGUUAGCCAGCUAUAUUUUGUCAGUGCAGUAAGUAAUGUAGCAGAUUGAAAGGUAAACAUCAGAGCAUCUUUUUGCAGCUCAACAGACAAUGGUGUGGUGGUGGAUUGUGUCUGAUGAGUGUUGAUUUCAUGCUAUGUUGUGACCUAGUUGGUGAGACACAAUGCUGGAAAGUAAAAUAAACAACGUCCGUCUUUUACUCUCCGUGACAACAAGCUUAUAGCUAACAAGCUAAGCACGUAGAUACUUUCAUUGUUGUCAGCUGAGUGGAAGCUAAUGAGUAUACAUGUAUUCACCAAACUGUUUUGUUCAGGAUUCAAAGUUUGGUACCCCCUUUCAACUGAACAAUUCCAGUCAUUGCAUUUAUCAAAUUUAAUAUUUAAGUCUGGUUUUCCACCGUUGAAAAUUUCCCCUGAACUUGUACAGCAGAAUAUGGUGUAACACCGCUGCUUAUCUGUUUAUCUUGACUUGGCAGUAUUAAUAUAGUCAGCAUUUGACUGAUACUAAACAGUACUGAUGUUUAUUUAGCUAUUUAUUUUAUUUUUAUUCUUUAUUUAAACUGUCAGCAUUUGACUGAUACUAAACAGUAUUGAUGUUUAUUUAGAUAUUUGUUUUAUUUUUAUUUAUUUUUAUUUUCUCAGUGUUCAUUUCUAGAAUUUGUUGACAUUGUAAAAUAAUAAUAAUCAAUAAAAUAAUAUUUGAUAAAAAUAUUUGUUUAAGAAAGCAGCCUUCUGAGUACUUUGCAGUCAUAUCGGUGCAAAAUCAGUGAAAAAAUCUACAUAGAAAAUGUCUGUAUUCAUUCCAGCUCCAAAAUUAAAUAUAUCGGCCACCAUAUCGGUAAUCGGUGAAUUUUCCCCUCUCUAAAAUCGGUAUCGGUCUCAAAAAUCUCAUAUCGGUCGGGCUCUAAUUUUAUAUAAUUAAGGGACACAGUUGUCCAGCAUCUGCAAAGAGCAUCAAAAACUAGCACAGGUGCAAUAACAUGCAGUACUUUAACAAAAACUUUAACAAAGUUUAGUUGCAUAAGUUCAAUUUAAAUAUAUAUAUAUAUAUAUAUAUAUAUAUACAUACACACACACACACACACACACACACACACUACUGGUCAAAAGUUUUGAAACACUUGACUGAAAUGUUUCUCAUGAUCUUAAAAAUCUUUUGAACUGGAGACGUAUGCUUAAAUGUUUGAAAUGAGUUUUGUAGACAAAAAUAUAAUUGUGCCACCAUAUUCAUUUAUUUUAUUAUAAAACUAAAAUAAAAUUAAAAAAAAGUUUUUUAAAUUGAUGACUUGGACCAAAUAAUAAAGAAAAGCAGCCAAUAAGUGCCCAACAUAGAUGGGAACUCCUUCAAUACUGUUUAAAAAUCAUCUCAGGGUGAUACCUCAAGAAGUUGGUUGAGAAAAUGUCAAGAGUAUAUACUAGGCAAAGGGUGACUACUUUGAAGAUGUUAAAAUAUAACACAGUUUUGAUUUAUUUUGGAUUGUGUUUAGUCACAACAUAAUUCCCAUAGUUCCAUUUAUGUUAUUCCAUAGUUUUCAUGACUUUACUAUUAUUCUAAAAUGUGAAGAAAAAAAAUGAUAAUAAAGAAUGAGUGUUUAAAAACUUUUGACCAGUAGUAUAUAUAUAUAUAUGUUUAGCAGGGAAAUAAAUGUACAGUGCAAAUUAUGGUUACUGCAGGGUUGCUUGUGCAUUAGAUGCUGGAAAUGUCCCGCCCCUUACUGAAAUGGAAAAUAUUAUUGGUUAGCAAAUAUCCAAUCGUGUCUGAAAUGAAUGUUCUGAUUGGUGGAUCAGAUUAGUCGGACUGUCUGUCUUGCCUGUGCCAUCAGUUGUGCUCCCGCAGCUCUGUGCGCGUUUAGAAAGAAUAUCUGUACACUUUUUAAAAUAAUAAUAAUAAUAAUAAAACACACAAUUCACUCAACGGUGCUGCGGCAUCAUGUUAUUAGAUUGAAAAAGUUCUGGGUCAAAAGCCUAUUCGUUGUACUGGCAGCCAUACGUAUCAUCACUUAUUUUAGGUGGGCAUAUGCAAAAUCCUAAAAAAGAUAGGUGGGCAUACGGCAUAUGACUGCGUAUGCCCUAGACAACACUACUGGUUGGGUUACAAUUUUGUCACCAUGACUUCUGUUAGGGGUAUGAUUUUCAUUUAAUUUCAAAUCAGCAACAUAUAUUCACAGUGCUUAAUAUUUAAUCUGUUGUUUAUCUAUCUCUUUAAUCUGUCUGUACACAUCUUGCACUGCCGAAGUGACCCGUUUCAUACUGGGUGUAUUCUGAGUCUUACAAUCAUUUUAUGUGAAGAACAAACCUAAAUGUGUGUUUUUAGUCACCGAUCACGGUCACCUGGCAUCCACCGUAACACAUCCUGCACAAGUUUCAUUCUAACAUAUUAGACGUUAUGACACUAGUUUGACAUCAGAGACUCGAUUUUACCAUUGGCUCUCGUGUGUCUUGUGACCCAUUGUGACGAGCUCAAGUUUUUACCAUUGGCUCUCGCAUGUCUUGUGACCAGUUGUAAUGAAAUCAAGUUCAGUUGUAUUUAUUUUUUGAAUGAGACGUUCCAGUAGAAUCAGGAUGACAGUUCCUUCACAGAGGGGGAAUAUUUUCACUGAUUAAAUCCGUCAGUUUCACUCUGCUACUCACAUAAUGCCAUCGUGUGGUUUGGAAUAUUAUUA